AUGGACUCGGAAGAUUCAUGUUCCAUGAAAGACGAACCGACAUCGGCUCCUUCCAGCCAAUCAUCCUAUUCUCGCCGAGCCAUCGUUGUGGUCUUUGCCUUGAUGGGAUGCGCCGCAUUGGUGAUGAGGAAUACCGAGUCCUUUGUAGAAUCUCAGGAAGGAGUUGGGGCAAUAGAAGAAGUUACCGAAACUUUUACAUUGACCGAUAGCAAUUCAAGUCUCUGGAAGCGCCAGUUCUGUGUGGAGGCAGAUGACCUCAAAACUGAAACUUCAUUUAUUUGCAAAUGCACGGAUCCCUCUUUGCCAUUGCCCCGUGCCUUGCAUGGGGAGUGGAUCAAGUAUCAUUGGAAGAUGCUCAUUGAAGUCUACAGAGAGGAUCACAGCAAUACACUGGAUGUGGUACUCGUGGGGGACUCCUUGAUUGAACGAUGGAAUGGAACCCAAGCUCUGGGGCAGGGUGAGAAACCAGCCAUGCGGAAAGCCUUUGAGUCCUUCUUCACCAAAGCGGGAGGAGGGAAGCUCGAAGGUGUUGCAUUGGGAACGAGUGCUGACACGUCUCGCAAUUUGCUGUGGCAUUUGAAGCACGGAUUUCUCCCUUCCAAAACAUUUUUCCCCAAGGUUUGGCUGAUUCUGAUUGGUACCAAUGACCUCGGUGGAAAGCACUGCUCCAAUCAAGCCACUCUGGACGGCAUACUACAAGUAGCCGAGCUGAUUCAAACGCAUCGUCCCACGGCACAAAUACUUGUCCAUGGCCUGUUGCCACGAGGAGAUGGCCCACCCGAGCCACAUCAGUUGGGGAAGAACUGGCAACGGAUUCAAUGGAUCAAUGAACAGCUGCAAGCCACUUGCGAGGAACGUGACCGAUGGCAUUACAUGGAUAGUGGUGACAUCUUUUUGAGUCAAGACGGGACCAAGGUAUCCAAACGAAUCGGGGAUGGAAUUCAUCCGAGAGUAUCUGGCUUGAAGGCUUGGGGGCCCAAAAUUGUAGAGGCGGUUCAAAAGAUACUGUCAGAGGAUGAGGACUGA